AAUAGCGUAAGGCGAGAGGGCGGAAGUGAAGCCGUCGGCCGGCAUGGCCAAGCAGUACGACAUGGUGGAGUGCCCGUUCUGCGAUGAGGUGUCCAAGUACGAGAAGCUCGCCAAGAUCGGGCAGGGCACGUUCGGGGAGGUGUUCAAAGCCAAACACCGGCAGACGGGGAAAAAGGUGGCGCUGAAGAAGGUGCUGAUGGAGAACGAGAAGGAGGGGUUCCCCAUCACAGCUCUGCGAGAGAUUAAAAUCCUCCAGCUGCUGAAGCAUGAGAAUGUGGUGAACCUCAUAGAAAUCUGUAGGACCAAAGCCUCUCCAUACAACCGCUGCAAGGGCAGUAUCUACCUGGUGUUUGACUUCUGUGAGCACGACCUGGCUGGACUUCUCAGCAACACCCACGUCAAGUUCACGCUCUCAGAGAUCAAGAAAGUUAUGCAGAUGCUAUUGAAUGGACUUUAUUACAUCCAUAGGAACAAGAUCUUACAUCGAGACAUGAAAGCUGCAAACGUUCUGAUCACGCGGGAUGGAGUUCUGAAGCUUGCAGACUUUGGGCUGGCUCGAGCUUUCAGCCUGGCUAAGAACAGCCAGCCGAACCGCUACACCAACCGGGUCGUGACUCUGUGGUACCGGCCUCCAGAGCUGCUGCUAGGGGAGCGGGACUACGGGCCCCCCAUUGACCUCUGGGGUGGAGGCUGCAUCAUGGCAGAGAUGUGGACCCGCAGCCCCAUCAUGCAGGGGAACACGGAGCAGCACCAGCUCACCCUCAUUAGCCAGCUCUGCGGAUCCAUCACACCAGAGGUCUGGCCAAAUGUGGAUAAGUACGAGCUGUAUCAGAAGCUGGAGCUCCCCAAGGGCCAGAAGCGCAAGGUGAAGGAUCGCCUGAAGGCCUACGUCAAGGACCCCUAUGCCCUCGACCUCAUCGACAAGCUGCUGGUGCUGGACCCGGCCCAACGUAUCGACAGCGAUGAUGCGCUGAACCACGACUUCUUCUGGUCAGACCCCAUGCCCUCGGACCUCAAAAACAUGCUGUCCACCCACAACCAGUCCAUGUUCGAGUACCUGGCCCCGCCACGCAGGCGGGGUGGGCACAUGCCCCAGCAGCCAGCAAACCAGGGCAGGAACCCUGCGGCCACCAACCAGACUGAAUUUGACAGGGUGUUUUGAGCAGGGUCCUGGCCGGGCUGCUCUGUGGGAUGUAUUGAGCAGGGACAGACUCGGUGGGAUCUCUCUCUCUCUCUGGUCAGGGACUUCCUUCAAGGCCAAGUGCCCUCCCCUCUCCUUGUGCAGAGCAGCUCUGUCACCAUGGAGCUGCAGCAGUGAGCUGUGUGGUUGUGUGUGUGAGUGGGGAAAUGAUGCCUCUGAGCCCGCAUUUCCCUGCGGCUUUGGCACAGCCCGUGUCCCCACGGAGCAGUCCUUAUUGAUUAUGUUAAUCUUGUGAAUCGAUUGCUAUGGAUCUGAUGAUGGAGAAGCUGGCUCUGGCAGUGCUGGGUUUGCUGCGGGGAGCUCUGCUGGGAGCUGUCUGCACUGCGUGUCCUCUGAGCACCCAGGCGUUGCUGUAGGACGCUGCAGAUGCUUCUGAGUGAUGUGGGGAAAGCAGGGUGGCCCCAGGCUCGAUGACCAACCAGCCUUGAAGGGGACUUAGUGUCCAUACAGCCAGCAUUUACAGUGGGAUUGAAUCUGUCACAGCACUCGGUGUCUGUGCUUUCUGGGCUCCAGACUGCAAUUAAGUUCUUUGUGGGACACACCCAGACACCCGCGUGCUUUCUCCCCUCAGUGCUAAUGAUGGAGCUGGGGUUGUUGUACUCAGGCUGUGCCCCAUCCCUCUGCUUGUGGUGCUUCACAGCGUGGUUGUGCUGGAGCUACAAGGGCUGCUGUGCUUACAAACACUCCUCUGUGUGCUGCUCUGUCCUGGAGCCAUUUGUGCACAGCCUGGAGCAGCACUGCUGCCUUCCCAGGGACCAUGUGCACAGCGGGACUGACUGAUCCAGAGCCAGAGCUCCUGUCACCUUGUCUUCCAUGACCGACCUCCAGCUGGAGCUGGCUGCCUUCUCCCAAACCACCUGGAUCCCCAGGCUUUCCAAUGAGCGACGUGUCCAAAACACAGGGGGUUCUAACCUUUGGCAUUCGAUAAGUUGUCCGUUAACCAGGCUCAUGGCAAAGCCCUGCAGGGAGAGCAGAGCAGCUCUGUGUGCACAGCGGUGGGCAUUGCAUUGGUGUGAGAGCAGCGGGCGAGGAUGAUAAAGGACACCUAUAAGGUAAAUGUAACGUGGUGGAGGGCUCUGAAAUAGCGUCUAAAUGAGGAGGGGACUGGAUGUGUAUCUUUAUAAGAGCGGAUAUAAGAGUGAAUAAACACGGUCCUGUUCCCAUA